AUGGACCAGCGUACGUACGAGGGCAUGUCUGCCCCAGAGAAAAUUCCAAUGAUGGACAAGAACUUACGAUUUUACUUAAGGAAAGAGAUAAAGAGUUAUACUCCUGUAAAUCCGGAUGAGAUUAUAGAUAAGAUUGAGGAAAUGUCACGUGAAGAUAUACCCAAUCCUCGUAUGGCGUUAAUGUCGACUUUUGAAGAGAUCUUUCAAGAUAAAACACUUCUCUUUGUAAAUAGGUUGAUGGGAUACCAGAGGAGGCCUUGCCGAGAUGGAGCUAAUUGCCGGCGAUUAGGGUGCUACUUUAAGCAUCCGCCCAUUGAUGAGAACAUGAUGGAGAUUGAUGAGCGGCCGAUGCAUCCACGUCGUGAGGAGAGGUACAGUAUGGCUGGGGGUGAAGAUCGGCAUGGCGGGGCUAAAAGCUUACUGGAUAAGCAACGACGGAUUGUGGAGAUUUUAAGUAAACGGUUGGACUUGCCGGAUGAUGUUUUAGGCUUAAUUGAGCAGCUUAAGAAGCUGACUGGGCGGAUUAAGCCUGGUAUGUUGGGACAAGUUAUGGCGGAUUUAAACAAUACCAGUACCCGCUUUGUAAUCAGCAAUAGAAAGGGGUGGAUGACGAGAGAGCAUUUGAUGACGUAUCCUGGGGUUGUUUGUGUGGGUGAUGAUGGAGUAAUAGAAUGUGCUACUCGGCCGGAUGCUGAACAGGUCUUUGAUAUGAUUUCUAAGAUAGAUUACAGUGCUAAGCCGACUUGGAUCUAA